AUGAUCGAUGCGCUGUACAUAUUUUUUAUUAACGGGCAACUUCUGAUACAAAGAAAUUAUCGAGACACAACCAAAAGAACUGAUUUAACACAAUACAUAAAUAAAUAUAUAAAAACGAAACGUUUUUAUGAAAAUCCGAUUGUUGAAAUAAAUAAUGUAUUUUUUAUAAAUGUAAAUAUAAAUGAAAUAGUUAUAACCGUAUUAACAAGAAGCAAUUCAAAUAUAUGUUUGAUAUUUAAUUUUAUAUAUAAAUUUAUUGAGAUAUUAAAAUAUUUUUUUAAUAAUGAAUUAUCUGGAAUAAAUAUUGUAAAUAAUUUUGUGUUAAUAUAUGAAAUAUGUGAUGAAAUAAUAGAUUAUGGAUAUCCACAAACAUUAGAAGUGAAUAUAUUAAAAAAUAGCUUAUUAAACAAAGUUAAAUAUUAUAGUAAAACAUCUAGAUAUUUUCAGAAAAUAUCAAAUGAAUUAUUAAAUGUAAAUAGUGUGAUUGAAGAUAUUGUACAUGAUCCACAUAUACAUAAUAGGACAAGUAAUAAUAAAAAGAAUAAAUCGAAUAAUAAAAUUAGAGAUUUUUAUAAUACAAAAAGUGUUAAAAAUAAAAAUACGUAUGAUUUAAAUGAAACAAAUAAAUUAAAAUAUAUAGGUAAAGAAACAUUAAAUAGAAUAAAAAAUAAAAUAAUUAAUAAUAAUAAUAAUAAUAAUAAGACAGCAAAUCAUUUUAAUUAUAUAACAGGUAAUUGUACAUGGAGAAAUAAUAAUAUUUAUUAUAAGAAAAAUGAAAUAUAUAUAGAUAUAUUAGAAAUAUUAAAUGUAACUAUAAAUAGUAAUAAUUUAAUAUAUGCUCAUAUAAAUGGAAAGGUAACCUUAAAAUGUCACCUCUCCGGAAUGCCUUUAUGUGAAUUAAGCACAAAUAAUAAAAUUAAUUUAUUAAAGAAUAUUCUCGCCGGUAGUAACACAAGUAACAAUAAUAAUAAUACAAGUAAUAAUAAUAACAAAACAAAUCAAGGAAAUGCCCUACGGGGUAGUUGUGGAUCGAAUAGUUUGGUUAAUAAUAAAGUUAUGCAAAAUAAUUUAAAGAAAAAAUAUACACUCGAUGAAAAAGAUAAUGAAGAAAUAAUUAUUGAUAAUUGCAUAUUUCAUCAUUGUGUUACCUUAUCCAAAUAUGAAAAUAAUAAAGUUAUUACCUUCACACCACCAGAUGGUACAUUUGAAUUAAUGAAAUAUACCAUAACAAAAAAUAUUCAAAUACCUUUUCAUAUCCUAGCUAUAUAUAAUCCUAUAUUAGAAUAUUCAAAAAAUGUAGAAAAAAAAUUCUCUUUAAAAAAAUUAACUACUAAUAAUAAAAGCAUUUAUGGUGAAUAUAAAAAUACAAACAAAUAUGAAUACUCUGUUACCAUUAAAUCAAAUUAUAAAGGAAAUAUGCAUGCAUCUGAUGUAUUAAUUAAAAUACCAAUCUAUAAAUUCUCAGAAAAUGUUCAAGUUAAAUAUAAAUCCAUAGGCAAAACUGAAUUUAAUAAUAUAGAUAGUUUGGUUAUAUGGAGAAUCAAAAAAUUCCUAAGUUCAAGUGAACAUAAUAUAAAAAUACAUUUAACCUUAGAAAAUCAUAAUCAAAUUUAUUCUAAUAUGAAUAACACACAAAAAGUAGACGACUUAUCAAAAGUUGUGUUACAAGUACAUAAAAUUAAAAAUAUGAAUACUGUCAAAUUUUUAAACACAUAUAAAAUGCCCAUAACAUUGAGCUUUAAAAUACCUAUGUUUACCUCAAGCGGCAUGUAUAUAAGAUAUCUUAAGGUUUUCGAAAAAUCAAAUUAUAAGAUAAUUAAGUGGAUCAAGUAUUUAACAGAAUCGGGCAUCUACCAGUAUAAAUAG